AGGAGGGGGAGGGGAAGGGAGGGACGGCCAGCCCCGUCAGUCAGGCAGCGGGAGCCGCCGGGAGCGGAUGGCGGCGGCAGUAGCGGCCCCACUCGCCGCCGGGGGUGAGGAGGCGGCGGCCACGACUUCCGUUCCAGGCUCUCCGGGUCUGCCCGGGAGCCGCAGUGCAGAGCGAGCCCUAGAAGAGGCCGUGGCCACCGGGACCCUGAACCUGUCUAACCGACGUUUGAAGUACUUCCCCCGGGGCGCGGCCCGGAGCUACGACCUGUCAGACAUCACCCAGGCUGACCUGUCCAGGAACCGGUUCCCCGAGGUGCCAGAGGCAGCGUGCCAGCUGGUGUCCCUGGAGGGCCUGAGCCUCUACCACAAUUGUCUGAGAUGCCUGAACCCAGCCUUGGGGAAUCUCACUGCUCUCACCUACCUCAACCUCAGCCGAAACCAGCUGUCAUCGCUGCCCCCCUACAUCUGCCAGCUGCCCCUGCGCGUGCUCAUUGUCAGCAACAACAAACUGGGAGCCCUGCCUCCUGACAUUGGCGCCCUGGGAAGCCUGCGACAGCUUGACGUGAGCAGCAAUGAGUUGCAGUCCCUACCCGCAGAGCUGUGCGUCUUCCCUCACCCACCCCCAGAGCUGGGGGACCUUCCUCUUGUCCGCCUGGAUUUCUCCUGUAACCGUGUCUCCCGCAUCCCGGUCUCCUUCUGCCGCCUCAGGCACCUGCAGGUCAUUCUGUUGGACAGCAACCCCCUGCAAAGCCCACCUGCCCAGAUCUGCCUGAAAGGGAAACUUCACAUCUUCAAGUAUUUGUCAACAGAGGCUGGGCGGCGAGGGGGGUCUACACUGGGGGACCUGGCCCCAUCCCGUCCCCCGAGUUUCAGUCCCUGUCCAGCCGAGGACUUGUUUCCAGGACGUCGGUACGAUGGUGGGCUGGACUCAGGCUUCCACAGCGUUGACAGUGGCAGCAAGAGGUGGUCUGGAAAUGAGUCAACAGAUGAAUUUUCGGAGUUGUCCUUCCGAAUCUCCGAGCUGGCCCGGGAGCCUCGGGGACCCAGGGAGCGGAGGGAGGAUGGCUCUGCUGAUGGUGACCCUGAGCAGAUCGACUUCAUUGACAGCCAUGUCCCUGGGGAGGAUGAGGAGCGAGGUGCUGGCGAGGAGCAGCGGCCACCAGAACCAAGCCCUGUGGCUGGGGACAGGGAGAGGGCACUGAGCAGCAGGCGAGAGGAGCCGGCAGGGGAGGAGCGGCGGCGCCCAGACACCUUGCAGUUGUGGCAGGAGCGCGAGCGGCGACAGCAGCAGCAGCAGCAGCAGCAGCAGAGUGGAGUUGGGGGGGCACCCAGGAGGGACAGUUUUCUGAAGGUGGGAGUCAGGGCUUCUGGUGGGGGUGCUGCUGCCUCAUCCACGCAGGCCACCUACAACAGCACGCCUAAGUCCAAUGCCACCCCGCUGGGAGCUUCAGGGGUGCAGGGAGCCCCCACCCCCACCGCUGCCUCUGCCUCUCAGGAGCCCCCUCCCAUAGCUGGACCAGCAACAGCACCUGCUCCCCGGCCGCUCGGCUCCAUUCAGAGACCAAACAGCUUCCUCUUCCGAUCUUCUUCUCAGAGUGGCUCAGGCCCUUCCUCACCAGACUCUGUCUUGAGACCUCGGCGAUCUCCCCAGCUUUUGGAUGAAAAGGAGGUGAUGGCUCAAUUACGCCAGGUCCUUGAGUCACAGCUGCAGCGGCCCCUGCCCGAGGACCUGGCAGAGGCUCUAGCCAAUGGGGUCAUCCUCUGUCAGCUGGCCAACCAGCUGCGGCCCCGCUCCGUGCCCUUCAUUCACGUGCCCUCACCUGCUGUGCCAAAACUCAGUGCCCUCAAGUCGAGGAAGAAUGUGGAGAGUUUCUUAGAAGCCUGUCGAAAAAUGGGGGUGCCUGAGGCUGACCUGUGCUCGCCCUCGGAUCUCCUCCAGGGCACCACCCAGGGGCUCUGGACCACCCUGGAGGCUGUGAAGCGGGUGGGGGGCAGGCCCCCCCCACCCCUCUGGCCCCCUUCUGGUCUGGGCGGCUUCAUCCUCUUCUACGUGGUCUUCAUGCUGCUGCUCUGUGUCGUCUACACUCGACUCCUGGGUUCCUAGGACCUGAAGUCACCCCCUCCCCACCCCUUCGCCCUAUUUCUAUUUAUAAGAC